GUUUGGCCGUGCGUAUGACACGUUCGGGCCCAAGUACCUCCUCUACUGCGGCACAAUCGUAUACGUCUUUGGUCUCAUGAUGACCUCGCUGUCGACGCAGUACUACCAAUUCAUCCUAGCCCAGAGUCUCGUCUCGUCCAUCGGCUCGAGCGCGUGCUUCAACGCUUGCAUGUCAUCCGUGACCUCAUGGUUCUUCAAGAGACGCGCAGCCGCGUUCGGCAUCAUGGUUUCCGGUUCAUCGCUUGGGGGCGUCAUCCUGCCCAUCAUGAUGUCCAAGAUGAUUCCCUCGGUCGGCUUCCCAUGGGCUAUCCGCGCUGUGGCGUUCCUGUUCCUGUUCUUGCUCGGUAUUUCGUGCCUCACAGUGAAGUCACGGUUGCCGCCUCGCCCGCGACCUUUCGUCUUCAAGGAGUACGUCGAUGGCCUGCGUGAGCCGCCCAUGGCUAUCACCGUGUGCGCGUUGUUCCUUUUCUUUCUCGGCAUGUUUUUGCCUUUCAAUUUUGUCAUCCUCCAGGCGCGUGCGCAAGGCAUGGACGAGAACCUCGUCAUUUACCUUUUGCCCAUCAUGAACGCCGUCAGCAUCCUCGGACGCAUCAUCCCCGGCAUCGUCGCCGACAAAGUGGGUCGCUACAAUGUAAUGAUCUGUAUUACCUUCAUCAGCGCAAUCUUCUGUCUCGGCCUCUGGAUCCCGGGCAAGAGCAACGCUGCCAUCAUUGUCUUCCUCGUCAUCUUCGGCUUCUCCUCUGGCGGCUUCAUCUCACUUGGCCCAGCCUGCAUUGCCCAGAUCUCCGACAUUCGACAAAUCGGCGUUCGCACGGGCACCGCCUUCGCAGUUCAGUCCUUUGGCGCGUUGGCUGGUAGCCCUAUUGCUGGCGCCAUUGUUGCGUCGCAAGGAGGCAGCACGUAUCUUGGGCUUCAGCUGUUCUGUGGCUUCUCGAUGUUGGCGGCGGUCGGUGUUUUCAUCGCGGCGAGAACGGUGCAGGUAGGGUUCAACCUGAAGAAGGUUGUUUGAUGGAAAUUAAGCUGGCUGCGAAGCGAAAACUUAGUGCUUACCUGUUGCAUUUCGGAGGGAGGAGGAAAGUUUACCGGCUGAUGGGUCCGCGACCCCGGUCUCCGCUCUUAUCGCCGGCUCCGUCUCCGUCUCGGUGCGGUGCACAAUCCCGGUACCUUCAGCCGUGCCUUUUUCUCCUGGUACAGCUGGCAUUACAGCAGACGCGAAGUCCGCGAAGGCAGGAUAAAUAGAGGUCACGGUCGUAAGAGCAAUAAUGAAAGAGAAGACAUAGAAUUUUCAAGUAAUGCUGUAAUGGAGAGCCUUGUUGCGCAAGAAACCCAAGUCAUUGAGUUUCCAUUCCCAUUUACUAAGCAUGUUCAUGCUUUCAUUGACGGGCAGAAAGCGAA